CAUUUUCACCUAACCCACUUGGAAUUCUCCUAUUUACGCCACCCAUACUUGUACUCGAUAUUUGUACAUACUAGACCGAAGGACAAGUGUGGUUCGCCGGCUUGGCAGUGAGACCACGCGGAAGUCAACAGCAUUCAUGUCUAAGUCCGGAGUUUUAUUUUUGCAGGGAUCAUGACCAUACGAUUAGUUGGGAGCGCUGCCACACGGCUCUUGGCUCGUCAUUGGAUUUUGUUUCGACCUUUCUUUUCCUUCUCCCCAAGGAGGUGUUACGGCGGCUCUCUACUUUUCUUUCUGUCUUUCACGGUAGGAAAUUUAAUGAUAUCCUUGAGAGCAUUGCGAUUUUGUUUCUUUUCCUCACUUUUUUGUCACGUCUGCGACGACCUAACCCACACGGGGACAACGCCGGCGUGUUUUUACGAAGGGUGGAAAGGGAGGGGGGAAGAGAUAAAAGAUGGAGAUGAGAAAAGUGAAAGAGGAGUAGGUGAUGGGCUAGGGGGACGAUACUAUUUCUCGAGACGUUGCUGGUGGUGUGGUAGAGCGGUAGGGCUGAUAUGUAGACUCGAUAGGUCUUGGUGCAGACAAGACAGAACAAACAGAGCUGAUGAAGAGAGAUCAUUGGCACGUGCCGACUGGUCUUCGGAAUAGAUUUAUUGGCCUGAUCUAUUGUAUGGGGUGAUUGUUAAAUGAAAGGCUUGUCUGAAGUGUGA